AACCGCUCCGCCUCAACAUGUCAGGGUCUAAAACAGGUUUCAAACUAGCGACUUUUAAGGCGAAGUAGAGAUUAUAAAAAUUUCUUCGACAGCUUUUGAGAGGUUCGAAUGAAAUUUAAUAAUACUUAACAAUAAGAGGGAAAAUAAAGAAAAUCGUGAUCUUAGCUUUUUAAUUAAAAGCAAGAAACCGGAAAAUAAAAACUCUGAAUAAUAAGUUGUAUAGGAGAUAUGUGAUAUUGUUGUCCGAUCUGCCCGAUUCCCACAAAUGAUCAAUAUAAUCACAAAAUGCGCCUAUGAUUAGACUCUUAUUUAUGCGAUAAGGCGAUAAGAUAUUGUAGAAAUAUGAAGUACAUUUAUAUAGCCAACAGUAAAAUCUAAGUUUUGAAGCGAAAUAGAGGUAUAAAAGUGGGCCUCGCGCGCUACAUUGUUUCAAUUCUACAAUUAAAGUGUCCGUAAGUACACGGCACGCGGAAGAUAGAAAAUUUUCCAUUUAAAGGCAGCAUUAAAAUGACAAAUAACAAACAGGACAGCGAGGAAGAGUUUACAUUCCCGGAGUGGUUGGACGUGGCAUUUUUCGAAAACGUGCUGAAAAAUGUCGAAACUGAAAGCGCAAAGGUCACCAAUUUAGAGCUGAAACCAGGAACAUUGAAAAAUGAUAACUACUCAAGCGUUUUGCUACGAGCCAAAGUUAACUACAGAUUGCAGUCGCAGCCAGCGCAAAACAAGGUUUCAUCAUUCAUAUUAAAAGUCGAACCGUUCAUGGAAGAAAACAGAAAAGAAAUUAUGGGAGAUUAUUGUUUAUUCGAUACGGAAAUAACCAUGUAUUCUAAAGUGCUGCCGAUGAUCGAAAAGGUAUUGAGACAAUUUGGUGACAAAACCGUUUUGGGACCAAAGCUCAUCGCCUACAGCACCACCGCACCAGCAUAUGUGAUUUUCGAAGAUUUGGCGCUCAAAGGCUACAGCACAAUUGGCUACCGCCAUCCUGAUUUAGAUGAAAUAAAAAUUACACUGCUUAAGCUGGCGAAAUUGCAUGCGGUCAGCUACAAACUGUGCAAAGAGGAGGCGAACAAUAUAAUAACGACCUUAGGCAAGGGUUUAAUGAACUCUGGCGACCCCAAUAACUUGCCAGCUAUUAAAUAUGGCAUUACAUUUCUCAAGGAGGUUCUAAGUGAACACGAUGACUUGAAACGCUUCGUGCCGCACAUUGAAUCUGUCGAGCAUUUAUUAUUGGCAAAGACGAUCGAUUUGUUUAACGAAGGCAGCCGUGGUAAGCGAGAUGGCAUUUUUGUGCUCAACCAUGGUGACUUUCAUUUGAAAAACAUAAUGAUACAAAAGAAUAGCGACCAACUUACUGACGUUAUGCCGCUUGAUUAUCAGAUCAGCAUAUUCGGAUCGCCGGCGAUUGAUCUUCACUUUGCGUUUACAGUGAUGUUUAGCCCCGAAUUACGACGGGACCACCAUGACGAGCUACUCUAUUUCUAUAUCGAAAAUUUUCAGAAUACACUGCGCAAAACGGAAUAUAAAGGACAUAUUCCGACAAAUAUUGAAAUUCGCCAAGAAUUGGCAAAACAUAGAUAUUGGGGGCUAUUCUUACUCCUUUGCUUCCUAAUAUUCAACUAUACUUUUAUCAAAGAGAAUAUAGACAUUACGGAUGUGAUUGAAAAUCCUGAAGUACAAAGAAGAGAAUUGGAAAACCCAAAAUUGCUGGAGGAGCUACGGGAGCUGUUGCCGAGGUUUCUAUAUAAAGGCUAUUUUGAAAUAUAAUAAUUGUAAAAAAAAUUAAUUUAAGUAAAAAAUAAUAUUGCAAUAUCA